UCUCGCUGCUGCUGCUCAGACGGCAACAGCUCCGCCCGCCUCUCCGUCUCCCACCGCGUCUCUCUGUGUCUACCUGUCUCUCUGUCUGUCUCUACCUGCCUCCCCCCUCCCUCCAUCCCUCCCUCGUCCCUCUCCUCCCCCCUCUCGGUGCGGACAUGCUCCCGGGGCUCCGGAGAUGAGGCUCCGAAAUGUCUCCUUCCUGACGGUCUUGUUGUUUGGGCUGUGCGGGCUGGUCUCCCUGUCCUGGUACACCGCCUUCAGCAGCUCCAGAGGAGAUGUGGUGGAUAUUUAUCAGAGGGAGUUCCUGGCGUUGAGGGAGCGCCUCCAUUCGGCCGAGCAGGAGAACCUGCGGCGCUCCAAAGAGCUGAAUCUGGUCCUGGAGGAGAUUAAGAGGGCCAUCGCUGAGAAACAGGCGCUCAGAGACAUCAACCGCACCUGGAGCAGCCUCUCCGAGGAGACGAGGCUGAAGCUGUGGAAUGUGAGCAACAGUAAAAACGUCCUGCAGCUCCCCUCCAUCUUCCAUCAUCUUCCUCACCUGCUGAACAGAGAGGACAGCCUGCAGCCCGCCGUGCACCUGGGACAGGGACGCACCGGAGUCUCCAUCGUGAUGGGGGUUCCCAGUGUGAAGAGGGAGGUCCACUCGUACCUGACCGACACACUCAGCUCUCUGAUGUCAGAGCUCAGUCCCGCCGAGAAAGAAGACUGUGUCAUCGUCGUCCUCAUUGCAGAGGCUGACCAGCAGUACGCCAGCAGUGUAGCAGACAACCUGAAGCGCCUUUUUCCAGCAGAGAUUCAGUCGGGUCUGUUGGAGGUCGUCUCCCCGUCCGUCCACUUCUACCCCGACUUCUCUCGACUCCGAGAGUCCUUUGGAGACCCGAAGGAGAGAGUCAGGUGGAGGACGAAGCAGAACCUGGACUACUGUUUCCUGAUGAUGUACGCUCAGUCUAAAGGCACUUACUACGUCCAGCUGGAGGACGAUAUCGUUGCCCGUCCGAACUACUUCACCACCAUGAAGAACUUCGCGCUGCAGCAGCCUUCGGAGGAGUGGAUGAUCCUCGAGUUUUCUCAGCUCGGCUUCAUCGGUAAGAUGUUCAAGUCUCUGGACCUGUCACUCAUCGUGGAGUUCAUGCUGAUGUUCUACAAAGACAAACCCAUCGACUGGCUGCUGGACCACAUCAUGUGGGUCAAAGUGUGCAACCCAGAGAAGGACGCGAAACACUGCGACAGGCAGAAAGCAAACCUGAGGAUUCGGUUCAAACCGUCUCUCUUCCAACAUGUCGGCACCCACUCGUCUCUGGCUGGAAAAAUACAGAAACUCAAGGAUAAGGACUUUGGGAAACAGACCCUCCAUAAGGGUCACGCCAACCCGCUGGCGGAGGUGACGACCAGCCUGAAGACCUACCAGCACUUCACCCUGGAGAAAGCCUACCUGGGGGAGGACUUCUUCUGGGCCUUCACCCCCGUAGCGGGGGACUUCAUACGGAUACGAUUCUUCACACCUGUUCGCAUCGAGAGGUAUUUCUUUCGGAGCGGGAACAUUGAACAUCCGGGAGACAAACUCUUCAACACAUCGGUGGAGGUUCUGCCGUUCGACAAUAUUCAGGCAGAGAAAGAGGCCUUGACAGAAGGGAGAGAGAAAACACCAAAGUACCAUCGGACAGAAGACGGAUUCAUCAGAAUAGGAACGUUCAAGAACGGGAUCGCAGAGGGGGAGGUGGACCCCACCUUCGGGCCCCUGGAGGCCAUGCGCCUCUCAGUGUUGACGGACUCGCCGGUCUGGGUGAUCCUCAGCGAGAUCUUCAUAAAGAAAGCAGAGUGAAGCCCCUCUCCCCCCUCAGUGAUACCUCAACACCUCCGAGCGUUCAGCCGAGCUGACCGGAGGCUCGUCAGCUGCCGUCCUGCUCCUGUCCUGCUCACCAGAUUCACACCGCGGUGCCACAGCACCGCCGUCUGGCCGGACCUCGCCACUGCAGGGCUGAACAGAUGAGAAACUGAAACACAGAUCACACAGACAGACAGACAGGCAGGGGUCUCCUGGGUUUGCACAACACGACAUGCAAAAAGAGAAGAUGCUCUCAGAUGAUGCUGUAAUUAAGAAUCUGUAUUUAUGUGUACAUACAGGAAGGUAGAUGUUGAAAACACUGGUAAUUGUCGAGGCGGUGGCGACCGCGCCGCGUCCACUGAAACUGCUGCUUCAAAAUCAAAGACUCAAAGGCCUCUUUCUAUCAGCAGACGGUCGAUCCGGACCUUUCUACCAACACUAUCCCACCAGUAUACCCCCCCACAGUAACCAUGUAUGUGCAUAUAUGCAUAGAGAUGUACACACUAUCAUAUGAAUGCCCUCUCAGUGUGUUGAUAUGUGUCUGUAGUUGCUGGUCGGGGUUCAGACCGUUUCCCUCCAUCUGAGAGCGAUUUGCCUUAACAAAGACGAACAGCAGAUUUACUUCAAACAGAAACGAGCCCCGGACUGAUGAAAUGUAGCCACAAUAAGUACCCAGAAUCCUUUGCUGCAACCUUGGACCUUCUCUCAUCUUUGUGGCUUGAAACUACUGACGACAGCUGGUAUUUUACUUUUUUAACGAAGUCUUUUAAAGUUGUUUAAUUUUGAGUUUACUGAGGCCUUGUUACUGUCCACUGCUCUCCUCUACUUCACAGUACUCUACUGUAGGUUACAGUACUCUACUGUACUGUACAGUACUUCACAGUACUCUACUGUAGGUUACAGUGCUGUAACAUACUCUACAGUAUUGUGACAUACUGUACAGUACUCUAAUGUACCCACAGUACUCUAGUUUCCUCUGCUGUGCUCUGCAGCACUUUAAGGUACUUUACAAUACUGUGACAUACUCUGCAGUACUCUGACGUACCUUACAGUACUCUAAUGUACUUUGCAGUACUUCACAGUAAUCUGCUGUACUUUAGAGAGCUGUAACAUACUAUACAGUACUCUAAUGUACUCUACAGUAUGCUGGUUUCCUCUGCUGUGCUCUGUAGUACUCUGUAGUACUCUAAGGCACUCUACAGUACUUAAAUGUACUUGACAGUACUCUCAUGUACUUUACAGUGCUGUAGUUUCCUCUACAGUGCUCUGCAGUACUCUAAAGUACAUUACACUACUUUACAGUGCUAUGACAUACGAUACAGUACUCUCGUUUCCUCUGCUGUGCUCUGUUAACUUUACUGUACUGUAGUUUUUCAGUCCAGUGCUGAUUCACAUCUGAACAGAGAUUCACAUCUUUUCUUUUUUUCCAUUUUCAGUCUCUCAUUGACACUUUUGGUAAUAAAUACUAUAAAUUAUAAAA